AAGGAAAUAAAUAAAUAGGAAGGGAAAGCAAGGGAAGACUUGCUCUGCGACCUAGUGCUCGUCGUCGUCAUCUUCCUCCACCUCUUUAUUAUUCCAUUCUGCGACAUACUUCCUUUAUUAUUCCGUUUUCUCCUCUGCAUCUUCUCUUCCGCGCAACCUGCUCUCGAUCGAGUUAUCGACGAACUGCAACUGGUUGGUCUGGCGCCGUUAGUUGUUCGGAAUGGUUAAAUAACUCGUAUUUGGGUGGAAUACUGGUGGAUUAGAAAAUUGUUUGAGAGUAACUUUGGGAAUUUCGCCGUUGUUUGGAUAGAGAUGGAAGGUUCUAAAUUUGCUGGCUUUAUUAGUGGCGGCGGUGGUGUAAAUGUUGUCGGGAACAGCUUUUACGACUUGGGAUGCUACCGGAAGCUUGAUGAGGGCUCUAACAUGUCUGUAGAUAGCAUCGGAAGCCUGCAGACGAGCACUGGGGAUGGAUCCAUUGCUAUGUCCGUUCAAAGUAGCAGUGUCGGAUCAAACAACUCAAGAACUGGCAUACUGCGUCAUGGACUCCGUCUGUUUCCCGCUGCCAACUUAUCAGCAGGGCACAGUGUGCGACCUGGUAGGGUGUCCCAUGCCAUAAAUGACGAUGGGUUGGCUCAGGCAUUGAUGGAUCCACGUUAUCCCACAGAAUCUCUUCAGAACUAUGAUGAGUGGACUAUUGAUCUUAGGAAGUUGAAUAUGGGGAUGGCCUUUGCUCAGGGUGCUUUUGGGAAACUUUAUAAAGGCACAUAUGAUGGAGAAGAUGUUGCUAUUAAGUUAUUGGAAAAGCCAGAGAACGAUCCUCAGAGGUCACAACUGAUGGAGCAACAAUUUGGUCAGGAGGUUAUGAUGCUGGCAAAUCUCAAGCACCCAAAUAUUGUGAAGUUCAUUGGAGCUUGCAGGAAGCCGAUGGUCUGGUGCAUUGUGACAGAAUAUGCCAAGGGAGGAUCUGUGAGACAGUUUCUCAUGAAAAGGCAGAAUAGGUCAGUGCCUCUGAAACUGGCUGUCAAGCAAGCAUUAGAUAUUGCCAAGGGUAUGGAGUAUGUGCACGGGCUAGGGUUCAUACAUAGGGAUCUUAAGUCUGACAAUCUGCUUAUAGUUGCGGACAAAUCAAUUAAGAUUGCUGACUUUGGAGUUGCACGUAUUGAGAUCAAGACUGAGGGGAUGACGCCAGAAACUGGAACUUACCGUUGGAUGGCACCAGAAAUGAUCCAACACCGACCUUACAAUCAGAAAGUUGAUGUUUAUAGCUUUGGCAUUGUUCUCUGGGAGCUCAUUACCGGUAUGCUUCCGUUUCAAAAUAUGACAGCCGUGCAGGCAGCUUUUGCUGUGGUAAACAGGGAAGUGCGUCCCAACAUACCACCGGAUUGUCUCCCUGCGCUCGGUGAAAUCAUGAGACGCUGCUGGGAUGCCAACCCUGACGUGCGCCCUUCCUUCACCGAAAUAGUCACAAUGCUCGAGACCGCACAGCAAGAAAUCGUAAACACUGUUCGCAAAGCACGCUUCAGAUGCUGCAUACAGCCAAUGGCCAUUGACUGAGAGGGUAUGCAAGAAGUGCCUCAAUUGUAGAAAAUACCUUUUGAACCAACAAGGUACCGGUACCGGUACUGGAGCAUUUUGCUCGAUUCCCCCCUAUGUCUAAAGUGUCGAUUGGGAAUGUUUGUGUCGAUGUGUUCGGAUGCUACCAAGUAGAAAUAAGAUAUUGGGAUCUUUGUUUAUAUAGAACGCAAACGAAACUAUUAGCUAAAGCUCGACUAUUUCUACACUGCUUGAUUGACUGUAGUCUCGACUUGUAAAAUUCAGGCUAGAUCCUGUGUUGUUCUAUUGAAAUCGAAAAGUUACUCCAGUCUUUGAAGUA